CACUUGGGCAGAGAAAGACAGAGACAGACAGACAGACAGAUAGCUCCUGGUCGCUUAUCUACAACAUGGCCCCAGCUCACUCCCUCGUCCAUCCUUAUUCAGUACUGUGUACUGAUUGUACAUCACUUUUGUCUUUGAUGAUUCUUUUUGGCCCAUAGAUUUCAGAGAAACCAACAUUAUAACAACAAAUUAACCUUGACAACUUCUCUCCAAUUUUUUUCGCUCACAAAUCCCAGAAAUGGGAGAUGUUCCAAGCCCUUUCCCACAGCCACAUCCUCUUCUUCCUCCAAAAUCAAACUUACCCACUUUGUAUUACGGCCUGGUGGUGAUUGGAACCGCGGCUCUGCUGCUAGCCAUAUACAACAUCCUCAUCAUCAGAUGGUGCAGUACGCACAGCCGCAGCCAGAGACGGCCGCCAAGACUGAGCCAGCUGGCGGAGAUCUCAACAACUGAGAUCCGAGAAAACCCGAGCAGGUACUUGCUGUGCAGCUUCAAGUACAAGAAAGGAGGAGGAGGAGGAGGAGUGGUACAAGAACAGGAACAAGAACAAGAACAUGAAGAUGGUGAUGAUUUGAAUGACUGUGAAUGUGCGGUAUGUUUGUCGGGUUUUGAGGAAGGGGAAGAGUUGCGGAAGCUGCCGCGGUGCAAGCACUCCUUUCAUGCUCCAUGCAUAGAUAUGUGGCUCUACUCUCACUCCGAUUGCCCGCUCUGUAGAGCGCCGGUGGGCUGGCAGUGUUAGCGACAUGUUGUGUAUACGCAGCAGGUGAAUUCUCAAGGUGAUGAUCUGCUCGAUUCAGGCAAUUCAGUUUGACAGAUUUCCACUUUUUUUUUGGGCCUCAUUAUAUCAUUGAAAAUAUAUAUAUACCUCUUCCCCUUGCUGAUUUGAUAGGGGAAUUUUAUUUUGAUAACCUUGGGUGUCAUGCAUUGUGCAUGUGGUGGGCAAAGAAAGAACAAACGACAGGAGGCAAAGCAAGUUGCAGUGGAUGGUGUAGAUCAUAUAGUUUUUGGGUUUAAAAUCUUGGCCAAUUUUUAGCUUGGAGUUCCCUAUCUAUACACCAUUGUAAACUGUUCCUUAUAAUUGGCCUAAAAUACAACUUCCUUCGAUGGUUUA